AUGCCUUUCGAAAUCCCUCUGCGAAACAAGCUGAAUGCUGGCGAGAAAGCGGCUGGUGCAUGGCUCACUCUUCCGAGUACUGCUAUCGCACGAACAAUAGCCCGUACAAACAACAUCUCAUGGGUGCUGAUUGACGCAGAGCAUGGCUUGAUAACCGACUCCCAAUUUUACGACCUCACCAACGCCAUCGCCUCUUCCGGAGCAUCUCCUCUGAUUCGUGUCCCAGCAGAAGAACCGUGGCUCAUCAAGCGAGCUCUCGACUCUGGCGCCCAUGGUCUCAUGGUCCCAAUGGCCAAUAACGCCGAACUCGUCCGCAAGGUCGUCCUCGCCACAAAAUACCCACCAGUAGGCAUCCGUGGUUUCGGUCCUAUGUACACGCACGCAGCGGGCGCACUGGGAGGUGACUACAAAGCCCGCGCGAACGAAGACCUCGUCAUUGCCGUGCAGAUCGAACAUCCUCAGGCCGUCGAGGAGAUUGACCAGAUUUGUGCCACGGGGAUCGACGUCGCUUUCAUCGGACCAUUCGACCUUGCGUUGUCAAUGGGCGUCGAGUUUGGGAGUGAGGCGCAUGAGGCGGCUAUCGCUAAGAUUCUCGCCUCAGCGAAGAAGGCAGGCAAGACCGCUGCGAUCUUCUGCCUAACCGGUGAACAAGCCGCAAAACGGUUCGCCCAGGGAUUCGACAUGGUCAGCGUCACGACGGACAUCGACACCAUCACGGACGGCUUCGCGGCUGCUUUGAACACUGCGACGGGAAGCUCGGUGGAGGGCGUGAAGGGGUAUAAUACGAAGUAG